AUGACUGACACAGCAUAAUAAAUAAAUGUAAAAUUAUGUGACAUGUCGAGUGAAUUAUUAAAGGAUGCCCAAUACAUAAUCCUGGAAAAUCUUAGGAAGCAUAGCAAUGAAAGAGACGUGGCAUAUUACAUAAAGAGAGAGUAAUUUUUUGAACAAACACUAGAUUGGAUAAGCGACAUACAGGCCCUUGGCAUUGUGUGGUGGGGAAAAACUUUGGGAUUUUUGUUACACAUGAAGAAGGCUAUUAUUUGUAAGCAAUCAAGGGAUAAAUCACUAUAGUGGUAUGGAAAUGA